AAUUGCCCCUAUGAUAAACUAUCGUCAGUCACUGAUUAGUAUGUUCGCUAAACGUAUAGUCAUAUCUAUGAGUUAAGUUGAGCUAUAUAUAGGGGGCGUAUGUUAGUUUUGUUUAUAGUAUAUAUGUGACCUACUGGAAUUAAAUAUAUUUUAAAGAGAGGCUGAAACUGAGAAAAUGAUGUCUGCAAGUGAUGGCCCGGCUGUAGCGACGACGGCAGCGACAGUGGCGGCGGCAGCGCCAUCUGGUGGAGACAGCACAAACGCGGGGAAUAACUCCGAGAUGAAACACAUUUGGAAGUUCAUCUACAUAGAUUUAAGCUUUGUUAAAAGUCUCUGUGGCAUAUUUGUUGCAGCUGAAUUAGUUAUAUCAUUGCUAGGCCUUAUAAGUGUGUCCGUGCCAAAGAACGAAGGUUGUGCCUAUCUCUACAGUGGAGCAUAUUCAUACUACGAGUUUACAUCGAGUUCAUGUUUCAUAGUCUCACUGAUAUGGUAUGUGUUGUAUGCCCUAGCUAUCACCAAGAAGCUCGGAUUCGUGAGAUGGGAUAUAGCGGAAAUAGUAUGGAUUGGGUUCUACAUAUUUAAUUACCUCAUAUCUUCAGCCGUAAUAGCUGCAAAGGCUUGUCACCAGGGAGGAUACAAAGCUGCUGCGGCGUUUGGUUUCAUUUGUUGGGGUGUACUGAUUGCACACGAAUUCUUUGAGAUUCGAACAUUUCUGGAGAAACGGAAAGGUUCAUCUGCUGAGACCGGAGAGGCUGCCGCCGACGAGGAGUCAAAAUAUUAGCAACAAGACAAAUAUUUGUGACUAGCAUUCAUGGCUAAAGGUGAACAAAGAGUCUGCUGGCAGCGAUCAUUUAUUCAAACUCCAUUAACGUCAUACAAAACAAUUAUGAAAUUUCAUGGAAGAAUACAGAGGCGAAUAUCUUAUUCGAUAUGUUGUAUAUAGUUAAUCGGCUGGUUGGGUGUCAUGGCCAGUUGGUUGUCAUUUUUAAAAUAGAAAUGACUACUUUUUUUCAUCUGCAUUCUUGGUAAGUCGGACGUAAGUCCAAAUACAUGUGUCGCACAUAUGUAGUAUAAAAUUUGUUAUGAUUUUGUACAUCAUGUCUUUGCCAUAUUUCUAUUACAAUGUAAAUGGCCAAAGGCAAGUAAUUUGCUGAUAUGCCAAUAAAAUUCGAACUUUAAA